AUGGACUCUACCUCUAAAAAUAAAAAACGAAAAGAAGAAGAUACAGCAUCAACAGCAUCAACAGUAGUAGCAAAACCUAAUUUUGAAUUAUCAGGAAAACUUGCAGCGGAAACAAAUUCAUUUAACGGUGUUGUUUUAAAAUAUUAUGAACCACCAGAAGCAAAAUUGCCAACAAAAAAAUGGAGGCUUUAUGUUUUCAAAGGAGAUCAACAAAUAGGUCGUGAAAGAAAGGUUGCUGACAUUCCAAUUGAUCACCCUUCAUGUUCUAGUCAACAUGCAGCAUUACAAUUCCGUGAAGUAGCAAUAAAAGAUAAAGCAACAGGAGAAUCCAAAUAUGAAAUAAAACCUUAUAUAAUUGAUCUUGAUUCAACAAAUUCAACUUUUGUUAAUAAAAAACCUAUUCCGCCUUCAAGAUAUGUUGAAUUAUUUCCUUCUGAUGUACUGAAGUUUGGUUUUAGUAGUAGAGAUUAUGUUUUGAUUCAUGAUGAAUAUGAUGAUAACACUAAUUUAGAUAAAGAUUAA